AUGAGGUUGCUGCUCAUCUCGGCAGCCCUUCUGCUGUGCUCCGUCCCAACGUGGGCCUUUUCUCUGUCCUCGUUCUUCGGCAGCAACAACAAUGCUCAGAAGCCAUACCUUCACCCGAACUCGCCUCCGGAACGCGAGCCAACUCGGAUGAAGCGACAGGCGUAUCAGGUGUACGUCGACGGAGACUCUUCGGUUACUGUGGACAAAUCUGGACAAAAGGAGACCGGCAACUGGGGACCGUGGCAACCGGAGAACGAGUGCUCGCGCAGUUGUGGCGGAGGAGUGCAGCUCGAGAAGAGACAGUGCAGCGGUGACUGCACUGGACCAUCGGCUCGCUACAUCUCCUGCAACUUGGACGCUUGCGAGUCCGGAUCCGACUUCCGUGCCGAGCAGUGCGCCAAGUUCAACGACGAGGCUCUCGACGGAAACUACCACAAAUGGAGUCCAUACAAGGGAAAGAACAAGUGCGAACUUGUGUGCAAGCCAGAAUCCGGAAACUUCUACUACAAAUGGGCUGAUAAGGUUGUCGAUGGAACCAAGUGCGAUUCCAAGAGCAACGAUAUCUGUGUUGAUGGAGAGUGCCUUCCAGUUGGAUGUGAUGGAAAGCUUGGAUCUUCCCUAAAAUACGACAAGUGUGGAAAGUGCGAUGGUGACGGCUCGACUUGCAAAACUAUCGAAGGACGUUUCGACGAGCGCAACCUCUCUCCAGGAUACCAUGACAUCAUUAAGCUUCCAGAAGGAGCCACCAACAUCAAGAUCUCCGAAGCCAGAAAGAGCACCAACAACUUGGCUCUUAAAAACGGAUCCGAUCAUUUCUAUCUCAAUGGAAACGGAUUGAUUCAAGUUGAGAAGGAGGUCGAGGUCGGAGGCACCAUCUUCGUCUACGAUGACGCCGAGCCAGAAACUCUCAGCGCUCAAGGACCACUCUCUGAGGAGCUCACCGUUGCUCUUCUGUUCAGAAAGGGAAGCCGUGACACCGCGAUCAAGUACGAAUUCUCGAUCCCACUUGAAGAGGAAGUCGACUACAUGUACAAGUUCGAUUCCUGGACUCCAUGCUCUGUUACCUGCGGAAAGGGAGUGCAGACUCGCAAUCUUUAUUGUAUCGACGGAAAGAGCAAGGGACGUGUUGAAGAUGGUCUCUGCGAGGAGAACAAUGCCACGAAGCCAGAAUUCGAGAAGAGCUGCGAGACUGUUGAUUGUGCUGCCGAGUGGUUCACUGGAGACUGGGAGUCUUGCUCAUCCACAUGUGGAGAUCAAGGACAGCAAUACCGUGUCGUCUACUGCCAUCAAGUCUACGCUAAUGGACGUCGUGUCACCGUUGAUGAUGGAAACUGCACCGUUGAGAGACCAGCCGUGAAACAGACUUGCAAUCGAUUCGCCUGCCCAGAGUGGCAAGCUGGACCAUGGUCUGCUUGCUCGGAGAAGUGUGGAGACGCCUUCCAAUACCGAUCAGUGACUUGCCGUAGCGAGAAGGAAGGAGAGGAAGGAAAGUUGUUGGCUGCCGAUGCUUGUCCAUCUGAUGAGAAGGAGAAGUUCGACACGGAGCGUACUUGCAACUUGGGACCAUGUGAGGGACUUACUUUUGUCACUGGAGACUGGAACUUGUGCACCCGAUGUAACGAUACCGAGGAGACUCGUGAUGUGACUUGCAAGGAUUCCCAAGGAAGAGCCUACCCACUCGAGAAAUGCUUGGUUGAUAACUCCACCGAGCUUCCAACUGACACCAGAUCUUGCGCCACUCAACCACCAUGUGUCUACGAAUGGACUGUUAGUGAAUGGAGCAAAUGCACCACCACAUGUGGACACGGACACAAGACUCGUCGUGUCAUCUGCGCCAUCCAUCAGAAUGGAGGACUCGAAGUCGUUGAUGAGGGACACUGCCAGGCUGAGAAGCCAGAAGCCAAGACCAACUGCACCAACGAGGAGAAGUGCACCGGAACCUGGUACUCGUCUUCCUGGUCCGAGUGUACUGCCGAAUGUGGAGGAGGAUCCCAAGAACGUGUUGCUGUUUGCUUGAACUACGACAAGAAGCCAGUGCCAGAAUGGUGCGAUGAAGCUGUCAAGCCAUCUGAGAAACAAGACUGCAACGUCGAUGCCUGCCCAACCUGCGAGGAUUCUGAAUUCGGAUGCUGCCCAGACAACACCACCUUCGCCACUGGAGAAUUCAACUUCGGAUGCUCGAACUGCUCAGAAACCGAAUUUGGAUGCUGCGCUGACAACGUCACCGUUGCCACUGGACCAAACUCCAAGGGAUGCGAAGAAUUCGUUGAGUCUCCACUCAACCUUGAAGCCGAUGUUGCCGCUGCUGAUGCCGUCGAAGCCUCCGGAGAUGCUCCAGAUGCUCUCUGCAGUGUCACUAACGAGAACGGAGAAGCCGCUGAUGUCGAAUGCGCCACUAUUGCUCCAAUCACAGCGCUUCUCGAAGACGUCUUUGGAAAUGAGACCGAUGCUGCUUCCAACGAGACCCUCCACUGCUCAAAGUCCGAAUUCGGAUGCUGCCCAGAUUGGUUCACCGCUGCCACCGGAAAGAACAAUGAAGGAUGCCCAUCUUUCAUUCUUGGAGGAUGUAACGAGACUCAAUUCGGAUGCUGUCACGACGAAGUCACCCUCGCCCGUGGACCAAAUCUCGAAGGAUGCGGAGAACCAUCGUGCGCUGCUUCCCUCUACGGAUGCUGCAAGGAUCGCAAGACCAUUGCCUUCGGACCACACUACUCUGGAUGCGAGAGAUCUUCCUUCCCAUGUGAGCUCAGCGACUUCGGAUGCUGUCCAGAUGGUGAGACCGCUGCUCUUGGAAAGAAUGGAACUGGCUGCGGAGAGAACUGCCUUACCACCAAGUUCGGAUGCUGCCCAGAUGGGAAGACAACUGCUAAGGGAUCGCACAACGAGGGAUGCGGAUGCGAGUUCGCUCAAUAUGGAUGCUGCCCAGACGGAAAGUCUGUCGCCAAGGGAGCCGGAUUCUACGGAUGCCCAGAAAGCUGCGCUCAAAGCCAAUUCGGAUGCUGCCCAGAUGGAAAGACUCGUGCUCGUGGAGAGAACAAGGAAGGCUGCCCAUGCCAAUACACUCGCUACGGAUGCUGCCCAGAUGGUGAAACCACCGCUUUGGGACCAAGAAACGACGGUUGCGACAACUGCCGUUACGCCAAGCACGGAUGCUGUGAAGACGGAGAGACCAAGGCUUUGGGACCAGACAGAGCCGGAUGCCCAGCCACCACCACCCCACCAUUCCUCAUGGGAGGAACUGUCGCUCCACACAAGAUCGUCGCUUGCAACCAGUCUCAAGAAAGUGGAACCGUUUGCGGAUCUGGAUACAAACUUGCCUGGCACUACGACACCACCGAAGGGCGAUGCAACCAAUUCUGGUACGGAGGAUGCGGUGGAAACGACAACAACUUCGCCACUCAAGAGAUGUGCGAGACCAUCUGCGUCGAGCCACCAAGCAAGGGAAGAUGCUACUUGCCACGUGUUGAUGGACCACUUCGUUGCGACCAACUCCAGCCAAGAUACUACUACGAUCAUACCAAGAAGCAUUGUGUCGCUUUCUGGUGGAGAGGAUGCUUGGGAAAUGCCAACAACUUCAACUCGUUCGAAGAGUGCUCCAUGUUCUGUAAGGAUGUUGGACCAUACGACGAACCAACCACUGCCGCCCCACCAGCUCCACAGAACAUCCAGCAGCAAUACGUCCCAACUCCACAGCCACAAGAAAUCGAUAUCGUUUCUGAUGAUCAAUCCCAACAGCAACCACAACCACAACAACCACAACAGCCAGCAGCUCCACAGCAGCCACGUCAAUCUAUGGAAGACAUCUGCAGAUCUCGUCAAGAUGCCGGACCAUGCGAGACCUAUUCCGACCAAUGGUUCUACAACGCCUUCUCCCAACAGUGCGAGACCUUCACCUAUGGAGGAUGCGGAGGAAAUUUGAAUCGUUUCCGCACCAAAGAUGAAUGCGAACGCAGAUGCUUCUUUGUACAUGGAGGUCAACCAUCUUCGGAGCAAGCUCAACCAGCUCAAGCCGCUGCUCCAGCCGCUCCAGCCGCCGCCGCCACCAACAUUGUCUCGCCACCACAACAGCCACAAUCCAGCCCAGUUGUCAUUCCAUCGAACAACAAGCAACGCGAAGCAUGCCACUUGAACGUCGACCAGGGACGUUGUAAGGGAGCAUUCGACUCAUGGUACUACGAAGUCGCCACCGGAUCGUGCGUCUCGUUCAAGUACACCGGAUGCGGAGGAAACGCCAACCGAUUCCCAAGCAAGGAUCAGUGCGAGCAGCUUUGUUUGAAGCCAGUCGAGACUGACAUCAUUCCCUCCAUUUCAGACGGCCCAGCCGGAUCCAACUCAGUCUGUGACGAAGCCAAGGACACCGGACCGUGCACCAACUUUGCCACCAAAUGGUACUACAACCAAGCCGACGGAACAUGCAACCGAUUCCACUACGGAGGAUGUCAAGGAACCAACAACCGUUUCGACAACGAACAACAAUGCAAGGCCGCGUGCCAGAACCACAAGGACGCGUGCUCCCUGCCAAAGGUGCAAGGACCAUGCUCCGGAAAGCACUCGUACUACUACUUCAACUCUGCCAACCAACAAUGCGAGACGUUCGUCUACGGAGGAUGUCUUGGAAACACCAACAGAUUCGCCACCAUUGAAGAGUGUAACGCACGGUGCUCACAAAGAUCAACGACGACUACAACCGAAUUGCCAAGCCUGUUACUUCUUCAGGAGGAUCCACAACCACAUCCGGCGUUCUCAUUGAAACACUCCUUCGCCCAUAGCCGUCGUCGUGAUGCUCCGUACGCCCGUUCCGUCUCAGCUCGUCACCACUCCGCCGGCUCCUCUCAAAUCGAGCACAUCGAUUGCUACGCCGUCCCUGAUGUAGGAUCCUGUGCUGAUUACCAGCUCGUUUGGCACUACUCAGCCACUUCCAACUCAUGCCGCCAAUUCUAUUACGGUGGAUGUGCUGGAAACACCAACAGAUUCGCUGACAAGGAGAAAUGCGAGACAUCGUGUGUUUCCAAGAUUGAGGAGAGAGUGGAAAGUGUGUCAGAGGCAUCGAAAGCAUUGGAAGACGUCAGUUUCACCGAUACCCGACACGAUGGACACUUCGGAUACCAUGAUGCGAAUAGGGAUCCAGAGGAAGAGGAAGCUGAAUAUGUGGUUGUGGAUACUGGAGCACUUCCGGAGCUUUGUAUGCUACCAGAGCAACGAGGAUCUUGUUAUGAUCACAUUUUGAGAUGGAGAUACGACUCGGAAAGAUCACAAUGCGUCUCGUUCAUGUAUUCUGGAUGUAGUCCGAACGCGAAUCACUUCACCAGCGAGGAAACUUGCGAACGAGCGUGUGGAAAAUGGCGAAAUUCGGCGGUUUGCGAGAUGCCAGCCGAACACGGAGACUGUCAACUGGCGAUUCCAAAAUGGUACCACGACUCCACCACCAAACAAUGCAAAAUGAUGAUGUGGACUGGAUGCGGCGGAAAUGGGAACUCAUUCUCCUCCAAAGCCGACUGUGAAUCUCUCUGCCGAAUCGAAUCCUCCUGGACCAACACCACCGACUUUUGUACCCUCGAACGCAACGCCGGACCAUGCACCGACUCCAUCUCCAUGUGGUAUUUUGAUCAUUCCGAACAAGACUGCAAACCAUUCACCUAUGGAGGCUGCCGUGGAAAUCAGAAUCGUUUCGUGAGCAAGGAGCAAUGUCUUCAGAGUUGUCGUGACAAGUCAUCCGAAGACACGUGCACGCUUCGUCCGGAACCUGGACCGUGCCGAUUGGGACUUGAGAAGUACUUCUACGAUCCAGUGACCCAGUCUUGCCACAUGUUCCAUUAUGGUGGAUGUGAGGGAAAUGCAAAUAGAUUCGAUUCAGAAUUGGACUGCUUCCGUCAAUGCUCUAGCGUGAAGGCUGAAGCGGGAGUGGAAAGAAUGGCUCAGUUGACAUCGGCAACCACUCCAGUGAUCUACAUUGUCGACAAGAAUCCCCUCUACGUUGGAAUGACUUUCCGCAUUCGAUGCAAUGGCCACGGCGUCACCCCAAUCACCUGGUACAAGAACGGAGGCCUCCUUCAAUUCGGCACCCGCAUCACUGAAGAGAACGAUGAUACUUUGGAAAUCGUGGAUUCCUUAACUUCGGAUGCCGGAAUCUACACAUGCAUUGCUGGACAGGAAAGCCAGAUGAGCGACGGAGUGGAAGUGGUAAUCAAGAGAGCCAUCGGUGGAAGAACUACCAUUCGCCCAAUGCUCACACCAGCUCCGAACUUUGUCAUGGGAACACCCCCCACACCUCGCCCAUCGACAUCCGCUCGACCACACUCGACCGUGGCGACCGUCUCCAACGCUCUAAUCCGCCGCACAACCACCAAGGCGUGCGUGGAUGUUGGGAACACCAGCACCUGCGAUCUGAUCGUCAAAAACGGGCUGUGUGAGAAGAAGCGUUAUGGAACGUUCUGCUGUCACACCUGCACCAAAAUCCACAGCUUCAAAUUCUAA